AUGGCGCCCCUGGAAGAAAACGGAGAUCAAUUCUCCAUACUUCCAGUUAAGAUCCCGGCCACAUCAUCAUAUCCAGAAACAGCCGUUCAUGAAAUCCGCAUACGAAAAAAUGCGCCAAAGAUCCCAACAGCCAACGAUUCGCGAAGUCUAUUCCUGAAGAACAUUCCCGCAGACAGCACAGAACCUCACUUUCGCUCUAUCUUCACUCAGCUCGUUGGCGCCGGCCGAUUUGAGACCAUUGCUUUCGAGGACGAAUCGCGAACACUACUCCCUAUUGAUCCUGCGCAAGCCACAAAAGUCGCAGGUUUUGCAAAGAAGAGGAAGCGCGGAGAUGUCGAGGCCGAAGAGAAGGAACGAGAGGAAGAAGCUGCGCAAUUACCACAAAUCUGGUUGCGACGCGUGCAGCGCAGCAGCAGCACAGCAGUAGUGCUCCUAGCAGACGAAAAGAGUGUGCAAUUAGUACUCAAGGCUAUCGCAAAACUACAAAAGAGCAAGAAGUAUCCCACGUGGGGUGCCGACCUCUCCGACGAAGUUCCCGAACUUGGUUCUGAAUGGAUCGCAUCACAUCUACAACUAUCGCGCGUUGACAAGGUAGCGACACAAAAGGCUGUGCACGCCUUCUUUACCGCGUUCAACCGCAAGGAGAAGGAAGCUGUUGAGCUGGCUAAGAGACUCCGCAACGAGCCUGAUGAGGAUGGUUUCGUUACAGUGACUCGCGGUGGACGAGCAGCUCCCGCCAGCAAGAACGAGGCCGAGGAAGCCAAGCGCAGAAUGAUCGAGAGGGAUACCAAGAAGAAGUCAGAGUUGAAGGACUUUUACAGAUUCCAGAUGAGAGAGCGACGCAAGGCCGAACAGAUGGCUUUGAUGAAGAGGUUCCAAGAGGACAAGAAGAAGGUGGAUGCAAUGCGGGAGAAGAGAGGCAAAUUCCGACCAGAAACAUGA